AGCAAUCUGAAGAAACAUUUGCCGAGAAGGAGAGAGACGCAUGAGAACCCACAAGAACAAAACUAUGGCUGGAAUAGAGUUAUGUUCUGCACCGAGUACUCAGAGUCUUGGAGUGCACUCCACUACCUUCCGAAGAGGUCGAAAGAGAGUGGAAGUAUGUUUGCUGAGUAUGUGUGGAAUACUUCUUUUGAUAUGCACUGUGUUAGCGGUAUUAUUUGCUGUGGAACUUUCCAAACGCAAUCAAUAUGACGCAAAGACAAAUGGUCCUGUAGAUGGUCGGACUGUACCAACAACAUCAGUGCCACUUCCUACUACUGAAAGCCUAGCACCGACAAGAGUGUGUAACACUGCUGACUGUCUGGAGAUUGCAGCCCGCUUCACACGGAACAUGAACAAUUCUGUCGACCCAUGUCAGGACUUUUUCCAUUUUGCUUGCGGUGGAUGGAUACAGAACAACCCAAUUCCUCCGUACAAGAACGAGUAUAUUACAUUCAUGAGAAAGAUUCAGGCAAACAAUGAAAAACUUAGAAAUAUGUUGGAAGAUGCCACCGGAGAACACGAUGACCCAGUAAUGAAAGCAAAGAGGUAUUAUCGCUCGUGUAUGAAUGAGGAAGAAGUUGAGAGAACGACCACACAGCAAAUGUUGGAGCUCAUAAGGAGCCUUGGGUCAUGGGCACUAGACAACGGAACGUGGAGUGAGACUGUAUGGAACUGGAAGACUGCUCUACUAAAGAUUCAAACAACUUUUUUACAUUCUUCGCCUCUGUUUACUAUUGAUGUGUUAACUAACCCAAGAAAUUCAACGAAACAUAUUUUAAAGCUCCUUCCCCCAGAGUUAAGUUUGACUCGUGAAGAAUAUCUGUCGAAAAACAGCAAAAGGAGGCCUGCAUAUCUCGAGUAUAUGACAACGGCGGCAAUGUUGUUAGGAGGACAGAAUGCCACUACCCGACAGAAAAUGAAUGGGAUUCUUGAAUUUGAAGAACAACUUGCUCGGAGUAUACCCUCCAAGACGUUCCUCUACGAACAUGAGCAUGACACAAUCACAAUACAAGACCUACAAAACCACGCUCCUAAGUUUCAAUGGCUACAACAUUUGAACAACCUGUUCAGCGAGCAUAACACAACGCUAGAUGACUCUGAGGACAUCAUCGUACCUACACUUGAGUAUCUCCAAAACAUGUCAGAAGCUUUACAUACUGCAGAUAGGGAAACGUUGUCCAACUACUUUAUAUGGACGGUUUUGAGGCGAUUAGUUCCAUUCCUAUCCAAGCCGUUCAGAGAGGUUGAGGCUAAAUACAAAAGGAAAACUUCUCAUAUAAAAGGCGCAGCAGCAAGAUGGCUGACUUGUAUCACUACCACAAACUUUUACCGCGGGCUCACAUUUGCCACUGGAAGCCUGUACAUUGAGAAGGCGUUUGACAAAAAAAUGAUCCCAUUGGUUAAGGAGAUGAUGGAAGACGUUCGACAAGCUUUUCGUGAGGAAGUAGGAAACUUGACAUGGAUUGACGACAAGACAAGACCUGCUGUAUACGAGAAGGAAAAAGCGAUGGUUGAAAAAAUUGGCUACCCUGAAAUGUGCGUGAACAAAACCUUACUUGGAGAGUACUAUCAACAGCUUGAAGUAGAUGAUAAGAGAUUUUUGCUGAAUGAGGUGAACGUGAGCAAGUGGUACUCGGCCCUAUCCCUCUCCAAACUUAGGAAACCAUCCAUCAGGGGACAAUGGUACAGUGGGCCACAGUCUGUUAAUGCUUACUACCAAAGAGAGAAAAAUGAAAUAAAUAUUUUGGCAGGAAUCCUUCAGCCGCCAUACUAUAGCGGCCGCUUUGCACCACGGGCGGUUAAUUUUGGUGGCAUCGGAAUAAUCCUUGCUCAUGAACUUACUCAUGGUUUCGACAAUAUAGGUCGAAAGUUCAACAAGUACGGUGAGAUCAGUAACACAUGGUGGACUAACUUUACCCUCACUGGAUUCCAAAACAAAUCCCAGUGUUUUGUUGACCAAUACAAUAAAUACCCACUCAAUGUGGGUGGCAGGAAGAUUUUUGUGAAUGGUCGACUGACAUUACCUGAAAACAUAGCCGAUAAUGGAGCUCUCAAGAUUGCUUUCAGGGCUUAUGAAAAUUGGCUGAGAAAACAUGGCAGGGAGGAACUCGUACCCGGACUGAACAAAUCCAGUGAACAGAUGUUUUUCCUUAGCUACGCCCAGAUGUGGUGUAGCUCUUUCAGUCCUACGCAGAUCUUCAGAAGAGCUAAAGCUGAUCCGCAUGCCUUACCCAUAUACAGGGUAAAUGGUGUUUUGUCAAAUAUGGAGGAAUUCGCGAAGACGUACAAAUGUCCAAAGGGAAGUGAUUUAAAUCCCGAAAACCGAUGCAGAGUUUGGUAAAACUGCGAAACGAUUCAUAUACCGCCGCAUUAUGAAAAUGAUUGGUAAAUUUCAUUGAUACAACCGGUAAAUAAUGCUGACGUUAAUGACCUCUUAAUGACUUUCACGUGAAUGAAACAAAUCUACUUUAAACUGUUCAGUUUUCAUAGGAAAAUACGCUGGUACUGUGAGUUCGUUCAUGUACUACAGUAGAGCAUGUCUAUACUACAAUGGAACUUUCUGUCAUUUUUUUUUCGGUUUGCAACUUUCAUUAUAACUUUUAGCCUUGUAAUGAGGUAAAGCCACCUCACUGAGAAUUUAUCUCAGAUAAAGUUAUGUUUAGUAUUUUGUCAAGAGGUGUUAUGUGGUUCUUGUUAAAAUAUUUAAAAUAAAGA